AGCUUCCAUUCGUCGGUGAAGAAGCCAUACACGAUCUUGUUAUCAGAAUUCCCGUUGGUUUCGCAAGUCACAAUGCUAAGUCGUAGACGACUCGUCGUUUCGCUCUUUCUCACCGCUCUUCUCAUCAUCUCAACCUUCUCUCUCAGUCUCUGCGACAAAACCCCCCAAAACGAAAACGACGACGACGACGACGAGGAUCUCAGCUUUCUCGACGAACCCGCUGACACCUCAACUUCACACCACAACUACCCAGAUCUUGACCACUUCGACGAAGACGAAGAUGACGACGACGGCGACGGGGAUGACUUGGAAGACUUCUCCGGCUUCUACCCCUCGGAGGAAUCGUACAAGGAACCCGUGGUGGAUGACAAGGACGUCGUCGUUUUGAAGGAGCGGAACUUCACCACCGUCGUCGAAGACAACCGCUUCGUGAUGGUGGAAUUCUACGCCCCCUGGUGCGGCCACUGCCAGUCCCUGGCGCCGGAGUACGCCGCCGCCGCAACCGAGUUGAAGGGUGACGGUGUCGUUUUGGCAAAGGUGGAUGCCACCGAAGAGAACGAAUUGGCUCACGAGUACGAUGUUCAGGGUUUCCCCACUGUCUACUUUUUCGUCGAUGGGGUUCACAAGCCUUACACUGGCCACAGAACCAAAGAUGCUAUAGUGACAUGGAUUAGGAAGAAGAUAGGACCUGGUGUAUACAACAUAACUACGUUGGAUGAUGCUGAACGCAUAUUGACCUCUGAAAGUAAAGUUGUUUUGGGCUUCCUUGACUCUUUAGUUGGUGCUGAGAGUGACGAGCUAGCUGCAGCUUCAAAACUUGAGGAUAAUGUCAAUUUUUAUCAAACUGUGAUUCCUGAUGUGGCUAAGCUUUUUCAUAUUGACCCAAAUGUCAAACGCCCUGCUUUGGUCUUGCUCAAGAAAGAGGAGGAGAAACUGAACCAUUUUGAUGGCCAAUUUGUGAAAGCUGCAAUAGUCGACUUUGUAUCCUCCAACAAGCUUCCUUUGGUUACAACUUUUACAAGAGAAAGUGCCCCAUUGAUCUUUGAAAGUCAAAUCAAGAAACAGUUGUUGCUGUUUGUGACUUCAAAUGAUACAGAGAAAUUCAUUCCAGUAUUUCAAGAAGCAGCAAAAAUUUUCAAGGGGAAGCUGGUCUUUGUUCAUGUGGAAAUGGAUAAUGAAGAUGUUGGAAAGCCUGUUGCAGAUUAUUUUGGGAUCACUGGGAAUGCUCCCAAAGUACUUGGAUUCACAGGAAAUGAUGAUGGAAGAAAAUUUUUGUUUGAUGGAGAGGUGACUGUUGACAAAAUCAAGGCAUUUGGGAAAGAUUUCCUUGAAGACAAGCUAAAACCUUUCCUCAAGUCAGAUCCAGUUCCUGAAAGUAAUGAUGGUGAUGUGAAAAUAGUUGUUGGGAAUAACUUCGAUGAAAUAGUCUUGGACGAGUCAAAGGAUGUUCUGCUUGAGAUUUAUGCUCCCUGGUGUGGCCACUGCCAAGCACUGGAACCAACAUUCAACAAGCUUGCAAAACAUCUGCGCAGCAUUGAGUCUAUUGUGAUAGCCAAGAUGGACGGUACAACAAAUGAGCAUCCCAGGGCAAAGGCUGAUGGAUUCCCCACUCUUCUCUUCUUCCCAGCAGGACACAAUAGUUCUGACCCUAUUGCUGUUGAUUCGGAUCGUACGGUGUUAGCCUUUUAUAAGUUCCUUAAGAAACAUGCAUCAAUCCCGUUCCAGCUCCAGAAACCAACCACAACUUCUAAAACUGAGAACGAGAGUUCUGAUGUCAAGGAAAGUCAGAGUAGCAGCACUGACGUGAAGGAUGAAUUGUGAGAGUUGAAUGACACUUCUAUUUAUAAAGAGGUAUGAUGCUGACAGAUGAUAACACAGUCACUAUUCGGUGAGAAAAAAACCGUCUUUUUUCCCUCACCCUGGCCAAAAGAAGUGGAGAAAUGAGAGGUAAAAUAUGUAGUAGCUUCUUCGACUUUUACAUGUUUGUGUGUAUUAGAGUUAUGGUUGAGACUUUAAUGAGAAAAACAAUGACAAGAAAUUUUAAUAUAUUCAU